UGUUAUAAAGUGUGUGUCUGUAUGUGCGUCUUUUUCUAACGGAUGUGACGACGUCACUGCCGCUGGUGGAAGUCUACAGCGACGAGCGGAGUGCGAGUGCGGUAACGUUGAGACGCGGAGCGGACACAGGGGUACAAACGCGCCGUUUACCCUUCGUUGUGAUGAAUUACUUACUUGCAGACGAGAGUGCUAGUGUGCGAUAGGCGACAAAGCAGUCAAUAUAUAACGAUGGAACAGUUUGUGUCCCCGGAGAUAGAGCGAAACUUCGCCGCGUACCUCCAGUGUGUGCGCAGCUGCAAGAGGAUAUGUCUGGAGGAAUCGUUUUGGUACUUGUAUCACGCCUGGAACCGCAGGAGGCACUAUGGCACCUUGAUGGAGUUCUGUGUGAAGGCGCUGGGCUGCCGCAGAGAGAAUGUCCUGAAUCUGUUCAGCGUGUGGGGGGGCUGCGACGACGUGGGGUGUUUCCCGAGUCCCUCUACCCCCACGAUCCUGUCGGAGGCGCCGAGACAGGCUUUGUCUCUCCCACAUCUUGGACGGUGGCCUGCGUGGAAGCUCAUUUGAUGAAGCCGAACAGGUACCCUUUCCAUAGGAACCGAUCUUUCACGGCAUCGCAGGUGCCAUCGCAUCCUGCCGCUAGGCCUCGGAGGAGUACGAUGUUCAGCACGCCAUCUCACGCCACGGAAAAGCGCAGUCUAAUGUCUCCGUCUACGCUAGGGCACGCCCUCAAAGCUCCGCCAGCGCGAGAGCUUACCCAAGAACCUCCGUCUGGAGUUGUGUAUCCUCCUGCAUCUCUUAUCAUACCAGAGCACAGCCAUAAGCUUGCCUCCACUCCGGAAAACAGUCAUGAGGCUCAUCCCACGCCAGGGCCAGGGCGUCUGUGUGCAGGAGGGAAUACUCAAGAACCUUUUCCCAAGCGAGGACAUACCCAUGAGUCUCAUUCAACACCCAAACACUUCCAAGAACACCUGCCUGCUUUGCCCCACGCUCAUAGGUCUAGCCCCGCCCAGCAAGACUUACAAAAUGGCAACAGAAGAGCAGACCGCAUCUUAGCGGUAGGGAGUGCCCUCCAUGAUGCCCCAUUGUGCGUCAGGAAUCCAGGCCAGGUGCUGAGUUUGAGUCCGUGCAGCAUGUUGACCGCGGAACCAGACCCGAGCCUCCUGUCAGAGGAUGUCCUGGUGAUCAUGCUGACGGAGGUGUUCCCUCAGAUGCCCGUCCGGCUGCAGCGCCUCAUCAAGCGGCUUAGACGACUCUCGCGGACGGUGUGUUACCUCGACAUCGACUUCAAUGAGCAGCAGCUGGAAGUGCGAGUGCAGGACCUCCUCGACCUGACUCAUGAGAUCGUUUGGAUCGUCGUCGAGAGCUGUAUGCGAGUGAUUGAAGACCACAUCGGCGACAUGGCAGAAAAGCUGCACGGAUCCAAACGGCGCCUCGAGCAUGCCAAGAAGGAGUACAAAGAAUAUGUGAAUCUAGUCGCAAAGACCAGAGAAGACCUGGACGAAGCCCAACGGGAGCUGCAGCACGCCCAGCGCAAGGACAGAGAAGUGAAAAAGAACAUUAAAUAUAUUUGGUCGCGUUCCCACAGCCGCGAGGCGCACGAGGGAACUACCAAGCGCAGCGGGAGCGGAGUCUCGAUUGAAGCUCCGUUGAAGGCGGAGCUCGGCAAAGCAGCGCGUAGUUCAAAGUAUACAAGGGGCUUCCACGGAGACUCCGAGUCGACGUCACUGGCUGAUGAUAAAGAUAUGGCCGGCUAUGAGGCUGAUAUUCACGACAGCGGCGUAGAGGGCAGCAGUGUCAGUCUGCUGACGAGUGUCAUGAAGGAAGUUGCCGUCAUCGAGAGAAGACACAGCCAAGCCGGUGAUGUAGACGAUAAACUUCAAAAGGUACUGAGGUCCACAAGGCAGUCAGUUCUCUUGACAAAGAAACAGAUGUGCCAGAGGCUGGAUUCCAAUGUUUCCGCCGAGCAGGAAUGCAUUACCAAGGAAGAUGUGCUUAACAUGCGACGCGCUGAAACUGCCAAGCUGAAAAGCGCACUGAAGAAGCUAAAAAAAGAUUGCCAUUCCAUGAAGAAAGGCGGUGCUGCCUUGAUUGCACGGAUGGCCGCCACGGCCGAGGCAAUACGUAAAGGAAGUUCAGGAGACGAAGAAGUCGCCAGUGCCAUGGCGGAGGUGCACUUGCAGAGGAAUGAAGAAAACAACAAAUUCCUGACGGAGGUGAGACGGGAGGCUGUCCUGUUUGCAUCACGAGUCAAUAUGUUCAGUGUGCAGGACUGGCUUGCCGCAAGGCAGUUCACCAAGCAGGAGGUGAGCACUGUGUACUCUAGCAUUAAAAUCAAAGGACAUAAGGAUACCCACGAUGUGUUGGAUUUACUGAAGGAAGACGUCGACGCGCCAGCAGUGAUAGUGAUUUCCGGGCCGAAGGGAAGCGGAAAGACUUCCCUCUGCCAUUACAUUCUGCACCAGUGGAGGAAGAAUUCGACUGGAGUCAGUGCGAGGUUGCGGGAGUGCGACCUCGUCAUUUACGCGGCGCUGAGCGACAUCGCUUCCUCGGGUUCGUGGGGUCAAUACCUUCGCGAACACGUCCUUUGCGACACUAUCAAGGCCUACCCAAACUCCAAUAUUCAUGAAGAGAUGAAGGGCAUGACUGUGCUGUUCCUCCUGGAUGUCGGAGGAACUGCACGAGAUGCUGUCUCUGUGCUGAAGGAGAUCAUGGAGAAUUUGGGCAGAAAUUGCCUGCUGUUGACCACGCGCUCGGGCAAUGAGGGAGAGUUUGUGCAGGUCGUGAGAGAUUUCGGAGUGAAGUGUGUGUUGGCCGAGAUGUGCCCGAUGACGUCACAGGCUAUUAGGAAAUACUCAUCCCAUUUCUUUUCUCUCUGUGAAAAUCACAAAAUCUCUGCGUCUGAAAGGGUAGAACAGUUCAGUAGUUUAAUAUCAUCCAUGGCGAUAAAUCCCACAGUUCUUUACCCGCUCCCUCUGGCUUACUUGUUGUACCUGUGGUGCAUCAAUCCGAACCACGUGCUCUUUUCCACGUCCGUGUCGAGCCUGUUCUCGCGCCUGCUGAGUGUGUGCCAGCACCGUCUCGCUGAAGCGAUCAAGGGAGACUGUGGGGGAAACCGAGAGGCCGCAAGGCUGGCGGUGGAGGGCCGUCUGGAGCAGCUCUACCGGGCGACGAAGGGACUUGUGGCCGGCAGCAGCUGGCCACACGGUCAUCAGAUCUUGCUCGAGGCCGACCAUUGCUUGUUCGAGGACCCUCGGGUGCUGUGGCACUUCAGCCCGCUCGUCGUGGUGAAGAGCGGGGCCAGCGGGAGUACGCAGGGCCUCCUCGCCCAUCCGUCGCUCGCCGAGAUCCUCUCCGGCUUCUACCUUGCGGAUUCCCUUCUGGUCAAAGGCAGGCGAAGCUCGGUCCUUCGGCGCCCCAAACUGUCGGCCUUGUGCAAGCACGAACCCAGAAUGCUGCGUGAUGUGCUCCUUCACGUGGCAGGAUCCUUCCUGUACAGCAAGCACACGCUUGAUGAUGCCAAGGAUGUCGUCAGCAUGUACGAGAAGUCCCUACACGAUAAGGAAAACAUGGGAGCUUGGUUGACUUUGCUGCAGGAAUGCAACUUCACCAGCAACGUGUGCGAAGCCGUAUCCCUGACCCUGGCGUCACUGGCCACCUGGAUUGCCGCUCGCCAUUCCCCCGAAACCAACCACGUGGUCGCCGAGCUGCUGAGGCGCGGAGCCUACAAGCCCAAGCUGGUGGUGGUGACGCCCGACGCCUCCGACGGGGAGCGAGGGGAGGGCGUCCGCCGCAUCGUCCAUGCUCUCGGGACGUGCCCCACCACGUUCGUCCACCUGCGGCAGGAAGCUCAGUUCUACACGUGGGGGGAUGAGACGACGAGCGAUGCGCUGGUGGUGCCGCUUCAACCCCCAGGGACACUGAAGGAGUGCUGGGGACACCUGGGCAGCGAGGGCGCCAUGGCACUCCGGCACUGCCACCACUUGGAGGAGCUGAACGUGAGAGUGUCCUCCAUGGAAGCCCUGGCCGCCCUCACGCACAGCAUAGCGAACCAGAGGCGCUGCUUGAAGUACCUCUACCUGCGGCUGGACCUGCCGACCUCCAUCCCCUCCGCGAGCUUCCAGCCGCUCAAUUUCAAGGGCAAGAAGCUCUGGCUGAGGCUUCGGAACAUAACGGAUUCCUCGGUGACGUGGGUCAGGGACCUCACCAGGAAGCUCAGCAGCUGGUACACGGAGGUGGUGCUGGAAGAGAGCCAGCUGUCCCCGUCCGUUCUGCACGACCUGAAGGAGUCCAUGCCGCGCACGCCGCUCCACGUGUCGGGGUGACCAGGCGGUGUGGUUGCAAGCGGCCGUGACACUCAACCCCGCCUUGAUGUGCCCAGGACACUGCCUUGAUACAAGUGUAUAUAUUGUAUAUAGACAAAUGCAAGAAUACGAGUAAGUAUUCACUGACAAUCUCAGAUCAUUAACAUAUCAACAAUAUAAUAAGGAACGCAAUAUUAACCAAGAAAAGUGAUUGUGAAUGCCUUACACUUCAAAGUUAAUUAUAUAUAUGAUGGAGGACACAGAAAAAGUGACAUCUUCAUGAAGCUUCAACAGUGGAGGCGACGCCAU